UAUUUUCUCUAAAAAGUUGGCAGCACUGUUUGACAGCUGUUGCUUGAACGCACAAAAUAAAAUACUUUUAAUUUAUAUAAUUUCUAAAAAUAAAUAUAUACAAUGCCCCGAAACAACAAUGCCGAACGAGAUAAUCCCUGUCUAAAGGAACAAGAGUUAUCAUACAAAUGUCUAAAUAAAAACAAUUUCGACCGGGAAAAAUGUGAAGUUUACUUUGUGAAUUAUAAUAACUGCAAGGAAUUCUGGAACAAGGUACGCAGUGAUCGUCGGGCCAAAGGAAUCGAACCUUAUUUACCACCAGUUGAAGAGCGAGCGGACAUAAAGGCUGAAUAUAUGAAAAGCAAACCAUCAAGAAAUUAACGUGAUCUUUCUUUUUAAUUAUAUUUCAAACAACUUUA